CCUCCCCUGGGCCGUAGCGACGCCAAGGCGGACUGCGCAGCCAUGCCGGUGACCGAGAAGGACCUGGCGGAGGACGCGCCCUGGAAGCGGAUCCAGCAGAACACCUUCACCCGCUGGUGCAACGAGCACCUCCGCUGCGUGAACAAGCGCAUCGGCAACCUGCAGUGCGACCUGAGCGACGGGCUGCGCCUCAUCGCCCUGCUGGAGGUGCUGAGCCAGAAGCGCAUGUACCGCAAGUACCACCAGAGGCCCACCUUCCGCCAGAUGCAGCUGGAAAACGUCUCCGUGGCGCUCGAGUUCCUGGACAAGGAGAGCAUCCGGCUCGUCUCCAUCGAUAGUAAAGCCAUUGUUGAUGGCAACCUGAAACUAAUCCUAGGGUUAGUAUGGACUCUUAUCCUCCAUUAUUCCAUCUCUAUGCCUGUCUGGGAAGAUGAAGGAGAUGAUGAUGCCAAGAAACAGACUCCAAAGCAGAGACUACUAGGCUGGAUUCAGAACAAAAUCCCCUACUUGCCGAUAACCAACUUCAACCAAAACUGGCAGGAUGGCAAAGCACUGGGUGCCCUUGUAGAUAGUUGUGCUCCAGGUCUCUGCCCAGACUGGGAAGCCUGGGACCCAAAGAAACCUGUUGAUAAUGCUCGUGAAGCCAUGCAACAAGCAGAUGACUGGCUGGGUGUCCCUCAGGUCAUCGCUCCUGAAGAAAUUAUUCACCCUGAUGUGGACGAGCACUCUGUAAUGACGUACCUGUCACAGUUCCCUAAAGCCAAGUUGAAACCAGGUGCUCCUCUGAAGCCUAAGCUUAAUCCAAAGAAGGCAAGAGCAUAUGGCAGAGGGAUUGAGCCACAUGGAAAUAUGGUAAAGCAACCCGCCAACUUCACUGUGGACACAAUCAGUGCUGGUCAAGGAGAAGUAAUGGUCUUUGUAGAAGAUCCAGAAGGAAACAGAGAAGAGGCCAAGGUGAUUCCUGAAAAUGAUAAAAACAAGACGUAUGCUGUACAGUAUGUGCCAAAGGUUACAGGACCUCACAAGGUUAUGGUUCUGUUUGCUGGUCAGCACAUUUCGAAGAGUCCAUUUGAAGUACAUGUUGACAAAGCCCAGGGUGAUGCUAGUAAAGUAACAGCAAAAGGACCAGGCCUUGAAGCAACAGGAAAUAUAGCCAACAAACCUACUUAUUUUGAAAUCUACACUGCAGGAGCUGGUGUCGGUGACAUCGGUGUAGACGUGGAGGAUCCUCAGGGGAAGAAUCCAGUGGAAGUUAUGGUAGAGGACAAAGGCAAUCAGGUCUACCGCUGUGUAUACAAGCCUUUGCAAGCUGGUCCUCAUGCUGUGAGAGUGGUGUUUGCUGGAGAGCAGGUUCCCAAAAGCCCCUGGACUGUUCUUAUUGGUGAAGCCUGCAAUCCAAAUGCCUGUCGUGCCAACGGGAGAGGCCUCCAACCUAAAGGAGUUCGGAUCAGAGAAACUGCAGACUUCAAGGUUGAUACUAAAGCUGCAGGGAGUGGAGAUAUCCAUGUGGCAAUAAAAGGGCCGAAAGGUUUGGAGGAGCUUGUGAAACAGAAGGAAUUUGUGGAUGGGGUAUAUGCAUUUGAAUACUACCCUUUAACCCCAGGGAAAUACAUUGUCACAAUCUCAUGGGGAGGCCACAACAUCCCAAAGAGCCCCUUUGAAGUUCAAGUAGGUCCUGAAGCUGGUGUUCAAAAAGUAAGAGCCUGGGGACCAGGACUUCAUGAAGGAGUUGUUGGUAAAUCUGCUGACUUUGUAGUAGAAUCCAUUGGCCCAGAAGUAGGAUCAUUAGGCUUUGCCAUUGAAGGUCCAUCCCAAGCCAAAAUUGAAUGUGAUGAUCAAAACGAUGGCUCGUGUGAUGUGAAGUACUGGCCCAAAGAACCCGGUGAAUAUGCUGUUCACAUCAUGUGUGAUGAUGAGGACAUACAAGACAGUCCCUACAUGGCCUUCAUCCAGCCAGCUUCUGCAGACUUUGACUCAGACAAGGUAAAAGCUUAUGGUCCAGGUCUGGAGAGAACUGGCUGCAUUGUGAACAAUCCUGCAGAGUUUACAGUCGAUGCCAGUGAAGCUGGGAACGCUCCUCUGAAGAUAUAUGCCCAAGAUGGAGAUGGUGAUCCAAUUGAUAUUCAAACGAGGAGCAAGCCAGGUGGGAUCUAUGCCUGCUCUUAUGUUCCAACAAAACCAAUGAAGCACACCCUUGCUGUCACUUGGGGAGGAGCUAAUGUGCCCAAUAGCCCUUACAGGGUCCAGAUAGGACAAGGCAGUCAUCCUCACAAAGUGAAAGUGAUUGGACCUGGGGUGGACAGAACUGGUCUGAAAGCCAAUGAACCUACUCACUUCACUGUAGACUGCACAGAAGCAGGAGAAGGUGAUGUCAGUGUGGGCAUUAAGUGUGAUGCUCAUGUGUUAAAUGAGGAAGAGCAAGACAUAGAUUUUGACAUCAUCCAUAAUGCUAAUGAUACAUUCACAGUGAAAUAUACGCCACCUGCAGCUGGGCGGUACACUGUCAAAGUGUUGUUCGCUGGAGAGGAAAUCCCAACCAGCCCUUUCAGAGUGAAAGUAGAACCCUCGCAUGAUGCAAGCAAGGUGAAAGCUGAAGGGCCUGGACUAAAUAAAACUGGUGUAGAAAAUGGGAAGCCGACACACUUCACUGUAUUCACAAAAGGUGCUGGGAAAGCUCCUCUGGAUGUUCAGUUCCGUGGACCUCUGGCAGAUGUUGAAGAUGCUGUCAAAGACUUGGACAUCAUCGAUAACUAUGACUAUUCCCACACUGUAAAAUACACUCCGGUACAGCAGGGUAACAUGAAAGUUCAAGUGGCCUAUGGUGGUGAUCCUAUUCCUAAAAGUCCAUUCACUGUGGGUGUUGCAGCUCCUCUUGACCUGAGCAAAAUUAAAAUCAACGGCCUGGAAAACAGAGUUGAAGUAGGGAAGGAUCAAGAAUUUCUGAUUGACACAAAAGGAGCUGGUGGACAGGGAAAACUUGAUGUGGCCAUCUUUGGCCCAACCCAGAAAUCUUUGCCAUGCUUAGUGGAGCCAGUUGUAGGCAAAGAGUGCAGCUCUGCAAAGUACAUCCCAAGGGAAGAAGGCAUUUAUGCUGUUGAUGUAAGUUAUGAUGGUAAUCCAGUGCCAGGAAGUCCUUACACUGUGGAGGCUACUCUGCCACCAGAUCCAUCUAAGGUGAAAGCCUAUGGUCCAGGCCUUCAAGGAGGCCUUGUAGGAAAACCAGCAGAAUUCACAAUAGAUACCAAAGGAGCUGGAACAGGUGGUCUAGGGUUAACAGUGGAAGGACCAUGUGAAGCUAAAAUUGAAUGCUCAGAUAAUGGUGAUGGAACAUGCUCAGUCUCUUAUCUGCCUACUAAACCUGGUGAAUACCUUGUGAAUAUCCUCUUUGAAGAAGUGCAUAUUCCUGGCUCUCCUUUUAAAGCAGAUGUUGAAAUUCCAUUUGAUGCUUCAAAAGUAGUUGCCACAGGCCCUGGACUUGAGCAUGGUAAAGUUGGUGAAGCUGGAUUGCUCAAUGUGGAUUGCUCAGAAGCUGGACCUGGAAAGCUGGAUAUGGAAGCUGUGUCUGAUACUGGUUCUAAAGCUGAUGUUGAAGUUCAGGAUAACAAAGAUGGAACCUAUGCAGUUACAUAUGUGCCUCGUUCUGCUGGGAUGCAUACACUCCAGAUGAAAUAUGAUGGAGAGCCAGUGCCAAAUUUCCCUGCCCGGGUCAAAGUUGAUCCAGCUGUAGACACAAGCAAAAUCCAAGUGUUUGGACCAGGAAUUGAAGGGAAAGAUGUCUUCCGUGAAGCUACGACAGAUUUCACUGUAGAUGCCAGACCCUUAACCAAAACUGGUGGAGACCAUAUUGGAGCUCAAAUUGUAAAUCCCUCUGGAGCUUCCACAGACUGCCUGAUCAAAGAUAAUGCUGAUGGGACAUAUGCAGUAAAGUUUACUCCAUAUGAAAGAGGUCCUCACACUGUUGAAGUGACCUAUGAUGAUGUGCCUGUUCCAAACAGUCCUUUCAAAGUUGAUGUCACUGAAGGAUGUCAUCCUUCUCGUGUGCUGGCUGAAGGAACCGGACUAAAAGAAGCCUUCACCAAUAAACCAAAUCCAUUUACUGUUGUCACUCGAGGUGCUGGGAUUGGUGGCCUUGGGAUAACUGUUGAAGGGCCAUCAGAGUCAAAAAUAAGCUGCAAAGAUAACAAAGAUGGCAGCUGCAGUGCAGAAUAUAUUCCUUAUGCUCCAGGAGACUAUGAUGUCAACAUAACCUAUGGAGGAGAACAUAUCCCUGGCAGUCCAUUCAGAGUUCCCGUGAAAGAUGUCAUUGACCCCUACAAAGUGAAAGUUGCUGGACCCGGUCUGGGAACAGCAAUUCGUGCCAACGUUCCUCAGUCCUUUACUGUUGAUACCAGCAAGGCUGGAAUAGCACCUCUUGAGGUUACAGUGGCAGGACCCAGAGCUGAUGAGACGGAUUCCCAGUCAUGGCGCAGUCCACUGAAAGCAAUUUCAGAAUUCUUUAAAGGUGACCCACAGGGUCAAUCUAAUGAGACAGGCUUGGCAGAACCGGUUAAUAUAGUUGACAAUGGUGAUGGCACUCAUACAGUGGCAUACACGCCUACCCAAGAGGGCCCAUACACAGUAUCAGUAAAAUAUGCAGAUGAAGAGAUUCCUCGAAGCCCUUUCAAAGUCAAGGUGCUUCCAACAUAUGAUGCCAGUAAAGUGACUGCUAAUGGGCCAGGACUUAGCUCCUAUGGAAUUCCAGCCAGCGUGCCUGCUGAGUUUGCUGUGAAUGCUAAAGAUGCAGGCCAAGGACUUCUCUCCAUAAACAUAAAUGACCAAGAAGGCAAACCCAAGAAGGCUAACAUCCAUGACAACAAUGACGGGACUUACAUUGUAACCUACAUCCCAGACAAGACUGGCCGCUAUUCAGUUGGUAUUAAAUAUGGUGGGGAUGAUAUCCCCCUUUCUCCAUAUCGAAUCCGGGUAACACCAGCAGGAGACGCCAGCAAGUGCCUGGCAACAGGUCCGGGCAUUGCAGCCACUGUGAAAACUGGAGAAGAAGUUGGCUUUGUAGUAGAUGCUAAAUCUGCAGGGAAGGGUAAAGUGACCUGUACUGUCCUGACGCCAGAUGGUGCAGAAGCUGAAGCAGAGGUCAUUGAAAAUGAAGAUGGGACAUAUGACAUCUACUACACAGCUGCGAAGCCAGGAACCUAUGUCAUUUAUGUCCGCUUUGGUGGUGUGGACAUUCCAAACAGCCCCUUCACUGUUAUGGCUACAGAAACAGAUGACGUUGCAGUAUUAUCUCAGGAGCCACUAAAUGCAGCCUGUCCCCCUGGAUUCCAUCCCUGGGUCACAGAAGAACCUUACGUUCCUGGGGACAUGAACGGCAUUGGGUUUAAGCCCUUUGAUAUGGUCAUUCCUUUUGCAGUAAGAAAAGGAGAAAUAACUGGGGAAGUUCACAUGCCUUCAGGGAAGACAGCUACCCCAGAAAUUGUGGAUAACAAGGAUGGCACAGUAACAGUUAGAUAUGCUCCUGUGGAGGUUGGAUUGCAUGAAAUGCACAUCAAAUACAUAGGUAACCAUAUUCCAGAAAGCCCUCUGCAGUUCUAUGUGAACUAUCCCAACAGUGGAAAUGUGACUGCUUAUGGACCUGGCCUUGUUUAUGGUGUAAGCAACAAGCCAGCAACUUUCACCAUAGUCACAGAAGAUGCUGGUGAAGGUGGCUUGGACUUGGCAAUUGAAGGGCCUUCAAAAGCAGAGAUCAGUUGCAUUGAUAACAAGGAUGGUACUUGUACCGUCACGUACCUGCCAACACUUCCAGGAGACUACAGCAUAUUAGUGAAGUACAAUGACAAGCACAUCCCAGGAAGCCCGUUUACUGCCAAAAUCACAGAUGAUAAUAGGAGGCGCUCCCAAGUUAAACUUGGCUCUGCUGCUGACUUCUUGUUGGACAUUAAUGAGACUGAUCUUAGCCUCUUGACCGCCAGUAUUAAAGCUCCAUCUGGCCGUGAUGAGCCUUGUCUUCUGAAAAGGCUACCCAAUAACCACAUAGGUAUCUCAUUCAUCCCACGGGAGGUGGGAGAACACUGGGUCAGUAUUAUAAAGAAUGGCAGCCAUGUUCCCAACAGUCCUGUGUCCAUCAUGGUUGUUCAAUCUGAGAUUGGCGACGCAAGCCGAGCAAGAGUUUCUGGACGUGGUUUGGUAGAAGGACGCACCUUUGAAAUGUGUGACUUCAUUGUUGAUACAAGAGAUGCAGGCUAUGGUGGGAUAUCGCUGGCAGUUGAAGGGCCUAGUAAAGUAGAUAUCCAGACGGAAGAUCUAGAUGAUGGAACCUGCAGGGUGUCAUACUUCCCAACUGUACCUGGUGUUUACAUAGUGUCAACCAAGUUUGCUGAUGAGCAUAUUCCAGGUAGCCCGUUUACUGCUAAAAUAAGUGGUGAAGGAAGGGUGAAGGAAAGUAUCACACGUACCCAACGAGCUCCCUCCGUGGCAACUGUUGGAAGCUUGUGUGAUCUUAACUUAAAAAUUCCAGAAAUAGACAUUGGUGACCUUUCAGCCCGCGUAACUAGCCCAUCGGGAAGAUCUACUGAUGCUGAAAUAGUAGAGCUUGAUAAAGACACCUACUGUGUCCGCUUUGUACCACAAGAAAUGGGGGUCCAUACUGUGGAUGUGAGAUACAGAAGGCAACAUGUACCAGGCAGUCCGUUUCAGUUCACUGUUGGACCGCUUGGUGAAGGAGGAGCCAAUAAGGUCAGAGCUGGUGGUCCAGGACUUGAAAGAGCAGAGGCAGGCAUCCCAGCUGAGUUCAGUAUAUGGACAAGAGAAGCUGGUGCUGGUGGGCUGUCAAUCGCAGUUGAAGGACCGAGUAAGGCAGAAAUUGCUUUUGAGGACCAUAAGGAUGGAUCUUGUGGUGUAUCAUACAUUGCUCAAGAGCCGGGUAACUACGAAGUAUCCAUCAAAUUUAAUGACGAGCAUAUUCCAGAAAGUCCUUACCUGGUUCCUGUGAUAGCUCCUUCCGAUGAUGCUCGUAGGCUCACUGUUAUGAGCCUUCAGGAGUCUGGGCUGAAAGUGAACCAGCCAGCUUCCUUCGCCAUAAGGCUAAAUGGGGCAAAGGGCAAGAUUGAUGCUAAAGUGCACAGUCCAAUAGGAGCUGUAGAAGAAUGUCAUGUCUCUGAACUGGAACAAGAUAAAUAUGCUGUUCGCUUCAUCCCACGUGAAAAUGGUAUUCAUUCUAUCGAUGUGAAGUUCAAUGGGAGCCAUGUUGUAGGCAGUCCUUUCAAAGUUCGAGUGGGGGAGCCUGGUCAAGUGGACUGCCCAGCGCUUGUUACUGCCUACGGUCCAGGUCUUGAAAGUGGCGUAACAGGGUUACAAUCAGCAUUUACAAUAAAUACUACCAAAGCUGGUCCUGGUACCCUUGCUGUUACAAUUGAGGGUCCCUCAAAGGUCAAAAUGGAUUGCCAGGAAGCUCCAGAGGGCUACAAAGUGAUGUACACACCUAUGGCUCCAGGAAACUAUCUAAUUGGAAUUAAAUAUGGAGGGCCUAGUCAUAUUGCUGGGAGUCCUUUCAAGGCAAAAGUGACAGGUCAGCGGCUAGUUAGCCCAGGCAUCUCAAAUGAAACUUCCUCCAUUCUGGUAGAGUCUGUGACCAGGUCAACAACAGAUACCUGCUACAGUGCCAUUCCCAAAUCUUCAUCUGAUGCAAGCAAAGUUACCUCCAGAGGAGCAGGGCUUUCAAGAGCUUUUGUGGGUCAGAAAAAUUCGUUUUCUGUAGACAGCAGCAAAGCAGGUUCCAAUAUGUUGUUAGUUGGUGUCCAUGGACCUACAACUCCUUGUGAAGAGAUAUCUGUGAAACACUUGGGCAACCACCAGUACAAUGUAACUUACGUUGUCAAGGAGAAGGGUGACUAUAUUCUGGCAGUGAAGUGGGGUGAAGAGCACGUUCCUGGAAGCCCAUUCCAUGUUACUGUUCCAUAAGAACAUCGUCUUGUGUCAAAGUUCUACUUUUCUACAAUUGCAAUCCUGUUCAGAAAG